CAAUACAAUGCACUGGUGAGGAUCAAGUUUAUGAAUGUACAACAGAUAAUAAUACUGUAAACGACAAUCACGUGUUCAAGUUACUAUUUUACAGCAGUCUCUGCGUUACUGUCAAUUUCCCAGUUAAAGUUUUAACGGAGAGUUUCGGCGCGGGUGCUGAAGUGCACGAAAUACACUUCCUGUUUUCAUUACGUAAAACUCCAGUAGCCAAUGAGCGACCGGUAUUCGGCGAGUGGGCGGGUUCUGUGGGUUCAUCUGAAGCACAGGUCAGAAGCGUGUGACGUCGACUGAACGCGCUCUGUCUCCGUAUGUCUCCCGCUGCUGCGUGUCUCUGCGUUCUGUGCGGGUUACCGGCGGCCGGUAAGACCCGCCUGGCGCGGGAGCUGCGGGGUCGCGCACAGACGCGCGGAUGGAGGACGCUUCUCGUGACAUAUGACGAGCUGAUACCGGCGCGCGACUGGCAGGAGUCUGAAUGGAAGUGGCACAGGAAGACGGUCAUAAUGUGUGUGGAGAGAUUCCUUCAUCAGACUCUUUCCGAUCAGACUCACACACUCUCCGAUGGCGUGGGUUUCUGUCAGGUGUUUCUCCAGUGUCCGCUGCACGUGUGUCUCCAGAGGAACCGGUGCAGACCUCAGCCUGUUCCUGAUGAAGUUCUGCUGCAGAUGUGUGAGCGAAUGGAGCCUCCGAACGAGAUCAGAAACCCCUGGGAGCAGCAGAGCCUGACACUGGACAGCACAGAAGACAUCGCAGAUGGACACAUACAGAAGCUGAUGGACUUGCUGGUGUCUGCGCUGGAAAACCCUCUGAGCCCGGUCCAGGACGAGUCGCAGCAGAAGGAGGCUGACAGACGGCUCUGUGCGUCCAGCGUUCUUCAUCAGGUGGAUCAGACCUGUAGACGACUGGUUUCUCAGACGCUGACAUCAGCUCGAGAAGGCCAGGCGUCUCCAGACGUGAUGAAGGCUCUGGCUAAAGCACUGAUCGAGCUGAAGACGGUGUUCCUGAAGGAGCUGAAGAAGGAUGUUCUUGGUCGUGUCUCAGUUUUCCCAGAGGAGCCCGUCGAUGUGGAGAAGCUCCUGAUGGACGUGUCUGCGAUGUUCCAGCGACGCUCACACGAGAUUGUGUCUAAACACAUGUGAAACAUGACUGAUCUCUAGCAUGCAUUUGAUUCCUGAUAAUAAAUCAAACUAUGGUUAGUCUUUUUGAUGGAUGAUUGCGCAUUAGAUGUCAUUUUAAUAAAGUUUCUGCAAAUGCAUCUGUCAAACGACUAAUUUUCAUUU